AUGCGCAAUGCCUCGCUCAUUACAUCGACCCGCGUUCAGGAGGCCAUGUCGAAAGCGGAUCGAGCACACUAUGUCCCCGCGAAGCGGCUGGCCUAUCAAGACUCUCCGCAGACGAUCGGCUUCGGUGCGACGAUCUCUGCGCCUCACAUGCAUGCGCAUGCCGCCGAGAACCUGCUCCCCUUCCUCCACCCCGACGCCAAAGUGCUCGACGUCGGCUCAGGCUCCGGCUACACUCUGGCCAUCUUUCACCACCUCCUCUCCCCCUCGGGUACGGGUAAAGUAGUUGGGAUCGACCACAUCCAGCCCCUCGUCGACCAGGCACACUCGAACCUCACCGCCGACGGACUCGCCUCCCAGAUGCAGGAUGGUAACAUCGUCAAUCUGUGCGGCGAUGGCAGGAAGGGCGUGCAAAGCGAAGCGCCCUUUGAUGCGAUACAUGUCGGCGCGGCAGCUCCAGGUAUCCCACAGCCACUGUUGGACCAGCUCAAGGCUCCAGGCCGCAUGCUCAUCCCCGUCGAGGAACAGGAUGGCUCUCGCGAGCAGAACAUCUAUCAGGUGGACAAGUCGGAAACGGGCGAGAUCACAAAGCUGAAGAUCUGCGGGGUUCUCUAUGUGCCUCUGACGGAUGUCAAAAAGCAGUGGGCAGCGUAA